GCCUCUCAUGACCUCGUGUUGCGUAUGGUAGCAACGAUUGUUUUCACAAUCCGAACAUGUGGCCUCUUUCCGAGUAAGCGCAAGGCAACGGCAGUGUACGUCAAUAGCUACACAGUUCCUGCAGGAAAUUGCCAGCUGCCCCCGUUUACCGGAUUUGUUCUGAAAAUAUGCCGAAAAGAUACCGAGAGUGGCUGUUCAAAGACAAUAUUGGGAAGCCUCGCUCAACAGAAGCUAGGCACGCGAAGAAAGCUGCUCAUAGUGAUGGCCCCUCGCUGCUUGGAGGUCCCGACAGAGUGGAAGAUGCAGCGGCUGCAGUGGGAAUGCCGGCUGACGCUUUAAGUGGCGAAGAAUCUACGAGUGACGACUUCCUCGACGACACAGCAGCAGACCCGUCCCUCGGCUCCAUAAGUGAUGGGCUUCCUGAAGCAAGCGAUGGGCAGCUGAAUAUCGUACAAAGUGAUUCAGAAGCAGAUUCUGCAACAGAAGAAGAUCCUGCUGAUGCUCUGAGAUAUGACCUGCUGGAUGAUGUAUCCUUGUGCUCCAGUGAUGACGAGGACUUGUCGCCCCAGCAUGAACCCUCAGCAAACCAGACAUCAGAACUGGAUGAGCCACUGUACGCUGGAUCACGUGUGACCGUUGGUGAAAGCAUGGUGCUUAUUCUUGGGCAUUGCCUGCGGCAUAACACCACUAAGGAGGCAACUGAGAGCCUUCUGAAGCUUAUUGAAGCCCACGUGCCUGAGGAAGCUGCCAUACCAACGUCGAAAUAUGCCUUUUUUAAGCAAUUUACAAAUGCUAGGGAGAACGCCACAUUACAUUUCUAUUGCCCGUCUUGCUCACUUUAUCUGGGCGAGAGGCAGGCACAGGAACUCCACUGUUCUACCUGUGGUGCUGAUUUUGUUGUCGACAUGCUAGAAAAAAAAGAAAACUAUUUUCUUACAUUCGACAUUGCCAAGCAAGUCGAAGACAAACUUUCGCUCGCUGCACUAGACUUUAAGUCGUUGCCUAGACAACUGUCGUAUGAUGUAGGCGAGGUAACGACAAGCCAGGGUUACCACAACCUGCCAAUGUCUACCCAUGACUUGUCGUGGGAGCACCAGCUGGACAUCAUGCACCCUGAUAACCAGCACAAGCUCGGGGACUUGGCGAAGAGGACUGCUCGGCGUCAAGGCUUCCUGGACUAA